GCGAGAGACGAUGUGCGAAGAUGCGAGGAAUGCAGGCUGAAGGAAAGAAGAGGAAAAAAUAAACAGAACUUGCUUAUUAUAUUUGCGAUUCAUUUCUAGUAGAUGUGCUACGCGCAUAAAGGAAUGAUCACGCGAAGACAAUGAAACCACGUUUUGGUGCCAGGAAAACAAUGCCAGUAAUUUGAAGUAAACAACUGAAAACAGGAACAAUAUUGAUUAUUUUUAAAUGUUUUCAGCUACAUUAUACUGGAUACAUUUUAUAUCCAGUGGUUGAUCACAUCACGGCUGCAUCUAAUCCAAACACGGACCUAAACAGAUAAACAGCUCUUUUAGUUAGUUAUCUUUUUUCUAAUCUGCGGUCUUUCUUCACUGAAUUAAACAUCCCCUUUCUCUCAAAGUCAUGUCUUUGUUUUUGAGCGGAGAACUGGUGGGCACACGAGGAAUAUAGGACUGAUUGUUUUUUUAGGGGGGUACUUAAAAGUGUGGAGCUGUUUCAAUUUUGCAGUGCUCACAUAGGGGGUUUUGAGAAGCCGGGGGACAUCGAAAUGGAAUUGGAGUUUAACAACACGUAAAAAAAAAUACUUCAAGCUGCAUGAAAAUUGUUGAAUGCAAGGUGCCGACGGUGUUUUUGUACCAUUCUGUUUGUUACCGGGAUGGUCUCAACGUACCCCUGAGUAGCAGAGAGGGACUGAGAGCGACGAGAGGAGAGAUACAGAGAGAGAGAGAGAUCUGAGGAUUAUGGCUCUCGCAACGUUCUCUCUCUGUCUCAUUACCCUCACCUGUGCAAACUUAUACCUGGUGUAUGCCAACAACCGACACGCCGUUCAUUGGAACAGCUCGAACAUACACUUGCGCAGGGAGGGCUACACGGUGCAGGUGAACGUGAACGACUACCUGGACAUCUACUGCCCGCACUACAACAGCAGCCAGCGGGGGCUCAACGAGCAGUACGUCCUCUACAUGGUCAGCUACCGUGGCUACCGAACCUGCGACCCCAAGCUGGGCUUCAAGCGCUGGGAGUGCAACCGCCCACACGCCCCCCACGCGCCCAUCAAGUUCUCCGAAAAGUUCCAGCGCUACAGCGCCUUCUCCCUGGGAUACGAGUUCAACGUAGGCCACGAGUACUACUACAUCUCAACGCCCACCCACCACCACGGCCACAGCUGCCUGAGACUGAGGGUGUACGUCUGCUGCUCCGCCACCUCUCACAUAGUCGAUGAGUCUCAUCCCACCGCGUCAGACUACACUCUCAGACCCAACAUCAAAAUACACAAUAUAGACGAGUUUAACCCCGAAAUCCCCAAACUGGAGAAGAGCGUCAGCGGCAGCAGCCCGUCCCGCGACCGUCUGCUGCUGACCGUGGCCGCGCUCUUCCUCGCCGCCCUCUCGGUCUCCUAGCAACAGUCGCCGCGACAACGUCACGCCGACGGCCCGCCACCGGCCCCCAGAGGGACAUGCCAGGAGGGGGGAAGGGGGAGGGGAGGUCUCGGGUUCGAUCAGGGGAAGGAGCAGAACGAGGAAGGACAGGAACCAGGCAGGAUGAAUCUGAAGGACAGAGGAGGAGAACAACCACAACGAACGUGUUUCAGAACACAUUACACACAACAGUGUAUGAUAAGCGCUUAACCUGCGGACGAGCCGUGUCCAUGCAGAUACAGCUGCAGGAGAGAUAAUCGUGGAAAACUGUGAAAGAAUGAAUGGAUGAAAUUAGCCACCUCUGAUUGAACUGCACAUGGGGAAAGACACAGAGCCCGCAACGUGAUUGUGAGUUACUGUCCACGGGAGUGCUGACGUGUAUGUGCGCAACAUUCAUGCUGAGACACCUGAACACCGUGCAGCAACACUCGCCUGUAGAAGUACAACACGUGUCUGUGUCUCGACACAUAACAUCAAGUGCGUUGAAACGUGUAAAGUGCACAAUAUGCUGGGAAAGAUGAACAACAUGUUGUGUUGCGCGCAUACAACCACGCUUUCUGUAAAACCAUUGGCAGCACAUGUAGUCAACAUGCGAUAUGCAUGUUGGAGUACAACAGGACGUGUGUGGAUUCUCCUCAAAUGUGGCCCUCCAUCUUUUACCUGCUGCUCAAUGAUCCAGUGAUGCUCAUACUGGAUUACUGCGUCCCAUUUCUCUCAACUUGGUAAACAUGGAGCUGACAUCGGACCUGUCCGGACUGGAGACGGGCCGGACCACGCUGAACUGCACCGGACUGGACUGGAAUCGUUGUCAUGAUUGCUGUCAUUUUACUUGUUUCAGUUCUUUUUGUAAAAUAAAUG